AAUUGGGACAUUCACAGUGCACAGAAACAGAGGUUAUUGAAUCCUUGGGAAUUAUUAUCUAUAAGGCACUGGACUAUGGCUUGAAGGACAAUGAAGAAAGGGAAUUGAGCCCUCCCCUGGAGCAGCUUAUUGAUCAGAUGGCCAACACGGUGGAGGCUGAUGGUAGCAAUGAUGAAGGCUAUGAGGCUGCAGAUGAAGGCUUGGAAGGGGAAGAGGAAAAAAGAACAGUCUCAACUAUCCGGUCCUAUAGAGAUGUCAUGAAGUUAUGUGCUGCUCAUCUCCCAGCUGAAUCAGAGGCUCCACGUCAUUAUCAGGCAGUAUGUCGUGCACUCUUUGCAGAAACAAUGGAGCUACAUACAUUUCUUACUAAAAUUAAGAGUGCAAAGGAGAAUCUUAAGAAGAUUCAAGAAAUGGAAAAGAGUGAUGAAUCACAUACUGACCUGGAGGAGCUGAAAAAUGCUGACUGGGCUCGAUUCUGGGUACAGGUGAUGAGGGAUUUACGGAAUGGAGUAAAACUUAAGAAGGUCCAGGAGCGGCAAUAUAACCCUUUGCCCAUUGAAUAUCAGCUCACCCCUUAUGAGAUGCUAAUGGAUGACAUCCGCUGCAAAAGAUACACUUUGCGAAAAGUGAUGGUGAAUGGUGAUAUUCCCCCUCGGUUAAAAAAAAGUGCGCAUGAGAUCAUCCUGGACUUCAUCAGGUCAAGACCUCCUUUAAAUCCAGCUUCAGCCAGAAAGCUGAAACCCACUCCACCACGGCCACGGAGUCUUCAUGAAAGAAUAUUAGAAGAAAUCAAAGCAGAAAGAAAGCUGCGGCCUGUGUCACCAGAAGAGAUUAGACGUAGCAAAUUAGAUGUUACUACUACUCCUGGAUCUCCAAAGAAGGCUGUAGAAUCAUCAGUGAUAAAUGGAGGUUUAACAUCACAAACAAAAGAAAAUGGGUUAAGUGCAGAACAGGUACCGGUACAGCGAAAGAAACUCCUCAAAGCCCCAACUCUGGCUGAACUGGACAGCUCUGACUCUGAGGAGGAAACCCUGCACAAGUCAGGCAGCAGUAGCAGUGUGUCUCCCUCCUUCCUGGAGGACCCCUUACUGGAGGCUGCAUCCGCUAGGAAGAAACCUCCAAAAUUCUUGCCAAUCUCAUCAACACCCCAGCCAGAGAGACGGCAGCCACCACAGAGACGACAUUCCAUUGAAAAGGAAACACCUACUAAUGUGAGACAGUUUCUGCCACCAUCCAAGCAAAACUCCCGAUCACUUGUUCCUAGGAUAACCAGUGUAUGGCCAAGGACACCUUUUCGACCACUUUUUUCUACCAUACAAACAGCUUCUCUGCUCAGCUCUCAUCCUUUUGAAGCAGCCAUGUUUGGGGUAGCAGGGGCUAUGUAUUAUCUCUGUGAAAGAGCUUUUACCAGCAGGUGGAAAUCUUCAAAGGAGGAGUUCUGCUAUCCAGUGGAGUGUCUAGCUCUAACCGUGGAGGAAGUGAUGCAUAUUCGCCAGGUCCUGGUGAAGGCAGAGCUGGAAAAAUAUCAGCAGUAUAAAGAUGUCUACACUGCCCUGAAAAAAGGAAAGCUCUGCUUCUGUUGCCGAACUAGGAGAUUUUCCUUCUUCACCUGGUCUUAUACCUGUCAGUUCUGUAAGAGGCCAGUGUGCUCACAGUGUUGCAAAAAGAUGCGCCUACCCUCCAAGCCAUAUUGUACUCUUCCUAUCUUUUCACUGGGACCUUCUACCUUACAAAGAGGGGAAAGUUGUUUGAGGCCAGAAAAACCUUCUACUAGCCAUCAUCGGCCCCUUCGGAGCAUUGCUAGGUUUUCCUCAAAAUCUAAGUCUGUGGACAAAUCAGAUGAAGAACUACAAUUUCCCAAAGAGUUAAUGGAGGACUGGAGUGCAAUGGAGGUCUGUGUAGACUGCAAAAAAUUUAUUUCGGAAAUCAUCAGUUCAAGCCGGCGUAGCCUGGUGUUGGCCAACAAAAGAGCACGAUUAAAAAGGAAGACCCAGUCUUUCUAUAUGUCCUCAGCAGGCCCCUCGGAGUACUGCCCUUCAGAGCGGACUAUCAAUGAAAUCUGAGCCUGUGCCUUUUGGUUGCUUUUGUGUUCAGAGUCAGGUUUAAUGCAGGAGAACACUGAGCUGGACUAUCUUUCCUGGCCGUGGAUUUAGUUGAUAGGCUUGAAUUUGCAUUAGACCAGGCUUGUUUUGCAACACAUUGUUCCACAGACUGAAUGCUGUGUUCAUAUCGAUUGCUGAGACGUGACCAGUCAGCUAGUAGCUCCUUUGCACUGAGAGGACAUCAGUCUGAAACUUGCUUUUGUGUGUAUGUGGAUUUGGAGACCAGAAACUUUUUCCUUGGUUCCUUACUGUCCCUCAAAUAAUUUUUUGACAAGAAAAAAAGCUUCUCAUGAGAGAAAUGAGCCUAACACAGGUGUCGAUGUUAGCACAGUUCUAAGCAGUAAGUCAUAUUGGCACUUCCACAUGACAGUGUUCCUAGCUAAUGUACAUAGUGAGCAGAGCCCUGCCGGGCCCUAAUACCUGCAGGUGGGGCAGAGCUGUUUAUCAUCUCAUAGCACAGAAUCUAGAAGGAUUUGCUACUACUGUCAAACUGAUUUUAAAUUAGUGUUGCUCUGAGAUAAAGAACCCAGGAGGGACUUCACACCUAUAUUCUAGCACAUGUGAAUAAGCUGUACGCCCAAGUGGGUGACCUUUUCUAGUGAGCUGCUUUGUUUGCCCCAGUGCAGAGGAGCACUACUCUCCUGAGCAGGUGACAGGCUUUCAUUCCCUCUCUUGAAUGUACUGUGGUUCCAGUAGUUUUAUAAUGGAAAAAACUAACAAUGUUUUGUGAGAGUUUCAGGUCAAAGGAAAGUUAAAAGCUCAUCCAGAAGCUGAGUGUAAUUUGGUUGACUAUGAAAAGGGCUGUGACAGCAUUGGGUGCCAGCUGUUGGCCACAGUGUGGAGAGUGAGCUGGCGCUCAUACAUUUUCACCAACAUUUUUCAUAACUUUCUAAUCUAGUCAUCUCAAUUAAAUUAAGCCACAAUUUGGUACUUAAGAUCUCAAACUGAAAUUUAUUUAUUUUUAUAAAUGAAUUUUAAAAAGAGAACCAUUGUCUAGUUCUUUUUAAAUUACAAGAAAACUUAACCUGCUGAUAGGAUGCUUUUUGCACAUAGCUUUCCUUGCAAAUGACUUAAGUGAGUAAAUGGGCUUUUGAUGAAGGGAAGGUUAGAGAAUAGCAAUGCGUACCUGAAAUUUCUCAGCUCAUUGGCCCAUACUAUGAGCUGUAUCUUAUUAUUUUAGUAGCUUUGAAGUGACCAACCAAUCAAAUUGCUAUUAGUAUUUGGGAUAUUAGUUAAUGUUUAUGCACAAUGAUUUCCUGAAAACUAUAGGACAUAUCUGUAGUCAACACUACAACAGCACCAUUUAAUAAAAGGCAUGGCAGUCACAUUUCACACCACAUCAAAAACAUUUCUAUAUAAAAUUAACAAAAAUACCUCAGAACUGCUCUGGUAGUAGUUUUUAAUGGAUUGAAAUUUACAAUUUAGUAAAUGACUUAAUAUUACUUUUACUUGCGAAAUAAACUUUGCCAAUUGCCUAAAAUAAAUGCAUGUUAACGGCUCGUCUGUAUUUGCAUGUAAAAGUGGGCCACCAGAGAACCUUUAUUGAUUAUGCAGUAUAUUUAAAUUAUCUUAAAGAUAUUUUUGAGCGCUUUAAACAACAUAUUGGAUGAAUCUCCUUUAUAAAGUUUUCCAAGGGACUAUGAAAAUUCUGUACUCCAAAUGAUUUGGUGGCAACAACACCCUUUAAAGAGACUAGGCUUGAGCCACUAAGCAGCAACCAGAAAGGGAGCAAGGGAGAGAAAAUGGUAUACCUAUAUACCUGACCUAGAUAGUGUGCUUUUUAUAAUAAUAACUAGUUUAUUAUUAUUACAAUAAAAGAAACAGAACCACUAGAAUGAGAAUUUCAUUCACAUUCACUUGCACAUCUAUCUUUAAUAUCUCUUCUUCAGAUUUAUGAUGCUGUGUAGGCUGAUCUGGGUGUUAUGAUCUCUUACCAAAACAUUAGGGUGUAAAAUCCUUCAACAGCAAUAAUGGGGUUUGCCAAGUACAUUCAAGAGGUCUAAUAGACAGUAUGUCCACAUGAGACAAGUCCCAGAUAGGAGUGUGAGAAAGGGCAUAUAGCACAGUUAAAAUUAUAGAAUUCAAAUUAGCAUCACUUUUGGUGCAUUUAACCCUUACUUAUCCGUGAUAUGUACCCAGCACUUCAUCUAAGUUAGGUCAUUUUCAGAGGUCAGUUCACUAACAGCUUAUGGGGCAUGGUUUUACAGUCCUUAGCCUUGUCUGACCUGAGGCCUACCUGCCUCUACUUACUACCAAACUGACUUUCCUUCACAGUAUUCUCCUUUACCGUGGCUCCUGACUACUCAGUGUUUACUCCUGAUCUAGCAGUGUUGUUGACUGGAGCCUGAAGUGUCCUGGAGCUUAUGCACACCCCUGGGUAUCGUCUUGCGCAUCCCACUCCCUAGUUUCCUCCAGUCCCUAGAAUCAUUCCCUUGUCCCAUACUUCAUAAAGUCACCUGGCUGGGGGAUCUUUGUUUCCCCUCCCUUAAGUGUCAGAGUAAAUAAGAAUGCUUGUAAAUACUGUAAUAUAUCUAUUAAUAUUUGAAAGGCUUUCAUUCAGUGGACAGUGGGAAUUAACUCUCCCAUGGCAAGUAAAAAUUUAAUCAAGUAAGUAUAUUGAUUUAACAGUCUUACUAGCCUUUCACAUUAAAUGAGAAGGUUGUUACGUAGCUUUUAAACUUUGAGAGAUUAUGUGAUUAGCACUGUAAACUCAUACCAUGAAUUUUUUUUAUGCUUUUAUUUUUCUAACUGUAUUAAUAAACAUAGAACUGGAUUUUAGUGUCACACAAAAGACCUGAAAGUUUUAAAUUAUGUCAUUAUUUGCUAAAUCGAAAUAGCAGAAAAACUUGUACUUGCAAAACUGUUGAAGAGCCAUGGAGAAAUGUGUACUACUGACUGGACUUUAACCUACCUUCUGACGCGUAAAAAAGUCAAGGUAUUGCUGGCAUUCAGGGUGACGUAACGGUACUAAACAUUUUCCAUUGAGGUCUUUUAUUUUAAAAUUAUCUAGGAAAAAAUAAAAUGGCUUUCCAUUGUACCUUUUGUGUUGAAUUCCUCUUAUAAGAUGGUAUUGUCUUUUGGUAUCAAGCUAUUAAAAACCACGUAGGUUGAGAAGACAACAUAUUUUU